AUGACACUGCCGAAGCUGACUGGGGGCAGCCGAAAACUGACUUGGAGGACGCUUGAUAAGCUGAACUGCGCUGCAGCAGCCCACGAACCGAGGGAAGGCAGCACAAGAUCAGCCAGUGCAGCAACCCACCUCUCUCCAUCAUGGCCUGUGGUUUUCACAGCACUUGCCCGUGUCAGCUGCAAAGCAUCCGGUGCUGCAGAGACGAUGUGCGUGGAGAUUACAGCAAAUAAAAGCCAUAGCCACGAAGGUUUAGGACUGAGGAAGCUUUCUGAAAAAGUACCUGUCACAACAGAAAUCCUCAACUUCAGCUUCAAUGUGCUGCCUUCCCUCCAGGAUUCAACCUUCUCUGAGUUGAAGUUUCUUCUCUCGGACUUAACAAGGUGUCAGAUCACGGGUUAUGAUGGCACCUUUCACAGCAACAGGCAGCUGAAGACAAUUGUGCUGACAGGAGACCUGCUCAUGUUUCUGUCUCACACAGCGUUUGCUGGCCCGCGUUCCCUGGAGAAGCUUGUCUUAACACAGACAGGAAUAACCAGUAUGUCCUUCAUUCCAAUGACAAAUCUGGAUGGCUUAGAUACCCUCAUCUUGGGCAGCAACCACAUCUCUUCAUUGCAGCUUCCUCCCAGCUUUCCCACUCAAAACCUCAAAUACCUCAACUUUCAAACAAACAACACAGGAGCAAUCACAGCAGCAGAUGUGCAUGUUCUGCAGAAUAUCAGCAAUAUAACUCUCAUCUUUACAGGCAAUGACAUUACAUACAUUGAACCUGGAGCCUUCCAGUCCCGUCUGGACUUCAGGGGCUGUGCUGACAUCUCUGGGGUCCUGGCAGGGAUAUAGAACUCCACAGCCGAGACCCUUUGGCUGGGAACAUUUUGUGGUGUGGAAAAGGAGCCCUACAUAAGCCCAGAUGUUUUACAAGGCCUCUGUAAUAUUUCUGUCAAGGAUCUCUAUCAGCUUAGGCUUUUCAGAAAUCUAAGUGCUGACACAUUUCAGUGCUUAACCAAGCUCCGAAAACUGGGCCUAACUCAUAGUCAUGUAAGACAUAUUCCUGCAGGACUCUAUGGAGCCAGCACAGAGAGAACAAGGGAAUUGCUCGAGGUGAACAGUGCUUAA